AUGGCACUAAGAUUAUGGGCUUCUUCAGCAGCAAAUGCACUGAGAGUCUCCACUGCUGCUACUGCUUCAAGACCUGCCUUUUCUCUCUUAAGAUCCUUUUCAACUGCGGUAGAGGGGUUGAAAUAUGCAACUUCACAUGAAUGGGUGAAGCAUGAAGGUUCUGUGGCCACCGUUGGCAUUACUGAUCAUGCUCAGGACCAUCUCGGAGAAGUAGUAUAUGUGGAGCUUCCAGACGUUGGUAAAACUGCAACACAAGGAACAGGAUUUGGAUCUGUUGAGAGCGUGAAAGCCACCAGUGAUGUCAAUUCUCCCAUUUCUGGGGAGAUUAUUGAGAUCAACUCAAAGCUAACUGAAAAUCCUGGAUUGAUAAACUCAGGCCCAUAUGAAGAUGGAUGGAUGAUCAAGGUGAAGCCUAGUAAUCCUUCAGAAUUAGGCUCCUUAAUGGAUGCAAAACAGUACACAAAAUUCUGUGAAGAAGAAGACGCUUCCCAUUGA